GGCGGAGCCCGGGACCGGGGCGGGGGCUCCGGGGGGACCAUGCCCGGAGGCCGGCCGGCCGCAGCAUGGCUCACGGGCCGGGCGCGCUGAUGCUCAAGUGCGUGGUGGUCGGCGAUGGGGCGGUGGGCAAGACGUGCCUACUCAUGAGCUAUGCCAACGACGCCUUCCCCGAGGAGUACGUGCCCACCGUCUUCGACCACUACGCAGUCAGCGUCACCGUGGGGGGCAAGCAGUACCUCUUGGGACUCUAUGACACCGCUGGACAGGAAGACUAUGAUCGUCUGAGGCCUUUGUCUUAUCCCAUGACGGAUGUCUUCCUUAUAUGCUUCUCUGUGGUAAAUCCAGCCUCAUUUCAAAAUGUGAAAGAGGAGUGGGUACCAGAACUUAAGGAAUACGCACCAAAUGUACCCUUUUUAUUAAUAGGCACUCAGAUUGAUCUCCGAGAUGACCCCAAAACUUUAGCAAGAUUGAAUGAUAUGAAAGAAAAACCUAUAUGUGUGGAACAAGGACAGAAGCUAGCAAAAGAGAUAGGUGCAUGCUGCUAUGUGGAAUGUUCAGCUUUAACCCAGAAGGGAUUGAAGACUGUUUUUGAUGAGGCUAUCAUAGCCAUUUUAACCCCAAAGAAACACACAGUAAAAAAAAGAAUAGGAUCAAGAUGUAUAAACUGUUGUUUGAUUACGUGAGAAACAUCUUCAGUGGCCAAGAAAACUGUCCAUUUCUCUCAGAAAGCAUAUGAAAUGCUACACCUAUACUCAGACCUCUUAUAAUGAAGCAGUUUAAAACUUGAAAAGAAAAAAAAACAAAAAAACAAAAAAACCUGUCCUCAGAAUUCUAAAAAGUUCAUUAAGAAUGUUUCUUAAAGGUCUAAGAAGCAGUAAACAGCAUCUGAAGCCACAAUCUAUUAUAAAUACUUUAUUUCAACUAGAAGGUACAAUCUCUCAGGGGUUUCAUAGUUUAAAAAGCUACAAUCACAUCAUGUUAUAACUACAUAAAAAAACAGUGCUGUAAAUGGAACUGCUUGGCUUUGACCAUAUACAUUUCUGCACAGCCCUUAUGGAAUCUGCACAAAGAAAUAUCUUCUUUGCUUCAGUUAAUUGUUCUUGUAUGUAAGUUGCUUUCUAUUCCAGUAUAUCCAGAGUGGUGAAAUAACAAGGCCAGCCACAUAGCCAAAGGUCGCUCCAAGCGUACAGGAGAUGGGCCAUACCUGAGGAGAGAAUGUAGGAGAUCGAAAAGAACAAAUGUUUUACUAUUACUUGAGCACAAGUUAAAUGUAAUCUAAAUAUUUCUAUAUUAAAGCUUAAUGUGCUUUCUUAAAGAAUGCCAAAAGUGUAAUAAGGUCAUAAAUGCAUUUAUCAUCAACACUAAAAAGUGUACACAUUUUAGUUAAUGUGCAUUAAACUGUAACAAGGCUUCUGGCAAUUGUAGCUUUAGUUUGAUGCUCCCCAAAGUGCAUGAGAUACAUGCUAAAAUUACAGAUUAAAAUUUUGGGUCAAACUCCAUAAUCUUGGACUCAAUUUAGCUCUUGGAACUAGUUGGUGAUUUUUUUUUCCUAAAUUCCCACAUUGUGUACAUCAAAUGAAUGAGAAUGCAUAUGCUGGCCAAAUCACAAGAAACUUUAUUUAAGUUGUAUUAAAAAAGAAAGAUCUAGAAUUCAAGCAUGCUACAUGGAAUUUGUAACAAAGCUGCUGCUUCCAUAAUAAAACUAAUGUCACUCUUCAGAUACAGAUACUGGAACCACAGCAAAGGUUAAAACUACAACUUUACACACCAAGAAAGUCAGCUAAAUACUGGCUUUCAAAUACCCAUUUUCUCCAGCUGUGUUACAUUUCACAAUAGUACAUCAAGCCAGAAGUAAAAUAAUGUUAAUUUCAUCCAUGAGCAGUGUGUAUUGGUCCCUAGGUAAAGGCUCUGUUAAAAAAAAAGUUGAAGAAAAAUUUUCAUGUUCAUUGUGAAGUUUAUUUGGUAUACUGGAGCCAUUUCUAAUCUUUCUCUGGGGAGACGGGCCAUAGACCUGUUAGAGGUGAACCAUCUUAAUUAUUAGCUCUGUUACUUAAUUCAUUUUGUUUGGUCUGCUGUGGAUCUGCCUUAUUCCACUACCAUGCAACAGAUGAUAGUGUUAGACAAAGCUUCAGUGUGAACAACCUAAUGCAGUUUAGACAAACAUAAUCUAAUCCAUAACUUUUUUUUUUUUUGCAGCUUUCCCACAUUUAAACUGUUGUCUAAAUUAUUAUUUCUUUAUGUCUUUGGUGGGCCUCUGUUAAUUUCCAUGACUUGAGAUUAUAGCUACGUCUGUUGCACAGAUUGGGUAAUGGAACACUAAACUUUUAUACUUGAAAACGACAGCCUUAAAUGCUCUUAUCAGUCACAAAUCUAGGAUGUACUGUCUUGUAUGUGAGCUUUGUAGAGAUUUUUAGAUACAUAAGCCUCAUCUUCCCCAACGAAGAAUGGAGAAAGUCUACUGGAUACUAAUCAGGAAGCUUCUUGCUGAACUGGACAUUGGAUGUCUUCUUUCUCCUAAGAAACGAAGGUUCCCAUUAAAUAUCAUGGCCUUAUGUAUGGGCAAAUGGAAUCUUAUGUAACUUUCUCUUUAAUUUUGGCCUGCUAUUUUUAGAUAGGAUUGAAAGGAAUUGUAUAAAUCAGUUAACAUUAUUAGUUAAGUUGUCCAACACAUGGUAUAAAGGAAUUAAGACAGUAAAGUAUUAUACCUUUCCAACUUGCCUUUGGGGAUUUGAUGGGGAUUUAUUUUUUUCAAAUUCACAUCUCUGAAACCCUUCACAUCCAUGGUUUACGAGCCAAUGAAAGUUAAAAUCUAGAAUCUGUCCUGCCCUAAGUGAACUGUAUUAGGAAUCUGGAAACAAACCGAUGUUUUAUCUGUUUCCUGGCUGGGCCUCAGUUUCCUCAUUUUUUUGUAAAUAUGGGAGGUAGAACAGAUGAGUUCCACUCUCUCUCCCAUUUAUCAACUUUUAUGAUUUCCUUAUUAACAAUACCACUAUUGGACAUACCUUUUCAUCUUCACAUUCUCGAGAUGGUAAAAAUCAUGUAUAUAGAUAAUUAGAACUCUAAGCAAAGAUGAUUGUAUCAUCGAACCUGAGGUGCCUUAGGUACUCUAUUGACCUUGAUGGGGUUUGGAGUUUCCCAUCGCUUAUUACGAGCUUUUUAAUUGCUUGGUUCUUUAGUAUUUCUUUUUGCCAAAUCCUUCCUGCCAUUUUAACUAAAAGCCAAAGAUUUGUUUUCUGUUCAUAAGCCGAUUGUAGAAAAAUUGCCUUAUUUUCAGAAGCAUGUCUUCAUUAAAGGCUUAGGUUUUAAUAGAAAUUCCAACUAAUUGCUGGGAUGACUAUUUCAAACUCGUGAAAUUUCUGGGAAGUAAAAAUACUUCAAAAUAUUUUACUGAUGAAUUUUGCUAGUGAAUGAAAGAAAUGUGUAGUUAAUCAGUUUUUGCCUACAGAGAAUCAGUUUUAAAGUUCUUAAACAAAAAUAAUUUUAGGGGCUCCCUGAAAUCUUAUUUAAUGCUUUGCUAACUUACACUCUUAUUCUAUCUCUACAGGUACACUGUAGGUUAGCCCAUGCUGAGUUAUCAUAUUGCCAAUAAGGAGAGACUGAAUUAAUGGCUUUUGUUAUGAAUUAUUUUAGUUACUUUACACACUGCUUCCAUUUGAUUUUAAUUAUUAAUCUGAAAUACCAAAUUAAAUACUGGUUUGUUGGUUGAUGUUUUUUAAGUGGUUGUUACUUUAACAGUGUCCCUUCCUAACACAUGGGGUUACAAAUAAAAUAAUAUGCGUAGUUUACUA